UAUGACCGGGAUGGGGGUUCAAGGACUGACUUCUCUGGUGGACGCUCACCGGAGGAUCUACCGGGACGUCCAGUUCAGGGAGAGCCGGCUGGUGAUCGACGGCUGCAACCUCCUCUACAAGCUGUACUUUGACUUCGGUCUAGACCAGAACCACGGCGGGGAGUACGCUACAUUUGAGGUCCUGAUUGAGAAGUUUGUCAAAGCCCUUAGAGAAUGCCGGAUCUCGCCGUAUGUGGUGCUGGAUGGAGGCUCGGACUACACCGACAAGAAGCUCCAGACGCUGACGCUAAGAGCCAAGAACCGGAUCAAGAAAGCCCACCAAGCGGCAGAGGGCAACCAGCGGGAGGGUGUCCUGCCACAGCUGGUCAAGCUGGUCUUCAAACAGACGCUGGACCGGCUGGAGGUCCCGCUGGCUCAGUGCUACGGAGAGGCUGACCGGGAGAUCGCCGCCCUGGCCAGGGAGUGGCGGUGCCCAGUGCUUUCCCAAGACAGCGACUUCUACAUUUUCGACCUCCCGGCGGGGCUGCUGCCCCUCUCGGACUUCCGGUGGGAUGCGCUGAAGCACAGCGGCUCGCGGAGCUACAUCCCCUGCAAGAACUACACCACCUCAAGCUUCUGCAUCUUCUUCAGUGUCCAGCAGCAGCUGCUGCCCACCUUCGCCGCCUUGGCUGGGAACGACUACGUGAAGCUGAGGAUCGGCUCCUUCAGCUGGGCUCAGUUUGCCCCAGAGGGCAGCGGGGCGACGAGCCGCCUGGAGGGGCUGCUCUGCUGGCUGAGGGGCUUCUGCCGGCCUCAAGAGGCCUUUGAGGCGGCGCUGGGGCUGAUGGGAGAUCUGAGCAGCGAGAGGAAAGCAGAGCUGCUGAAGGACUUGUGUCUGGGGAUGGAGGAGUACCAGCUGCCCCCCUGCUCCCUCAAAAAGUUCUUCAUCCAUGGGAGUGCUCCUCCUUUCCCAGCAGAAGUGGCGGGUCUCGUUCCAGACUGGACCUGGCUUCCCCUGACUCAGGCCCGGCUGAAUCCGGAGCUCCUGGACUUGCUACUGCUGCAGAGGAUGUCACUCACCUUCCCCGUGGGCCACGCCCACCUGCCCAGCGCUCACCUGGUCUCCAGGCCGCUCCGACAGGUGAUGUACGGACUGCUGCUGGGAGGCGGGAGGCAGGUGAUGGAGAGAGACAGAGACGGCAUCCAGCUCACCUUCAUCCCCGUCCAACCCACUUUCACUGGGGCCUCCAGGCAGCUGCUGCUCCCCUACCUGGACCAGGCGGAGCCCUCUCAGCGUCUGCAGGUGUUACUGGAGGCUCUGCAGGUGACUGAGGACUCUCUGAGCUGUCUGCCCCCUCAGCUGCGCCUCCCGGUGGCCGUCACCUGCUACUGGCUGCAGAGAGCUCAGCCUCCUCCAGAGAAAGAGCUGCUGGAUGCUCUGCUGCUGGGACUGAGUACUGGACCCCCCCCGAGACCCACUGAAGCUCCUCAGCCGAGACGGCAGCUAGACGUGGGCGUGGCUCACACCUUUAACCAAUGGCAGAGCUGCCUGAUGGUCAGCAUCCAACUGAACCAGCUGCUGGGUUUCCCCUUACCUGAGCCCCAGAUCUCCAGGUUGUAUGAGGGGACGUUGGUCCACCAGCUGGUCCACCAGAUGCGGUCUGAAGGAAAACUGAGGCCGUUUGGGAAGAACAGUUUGAGUGUGAAACUCUAUCAAAGCUUUCAGGCCGUCGUGCAACAGUUCCACACUCAGAAGGCGACGGCGUCCUCAGAGACCCAGAAGACGGCUCAGCAGCCCCGGCCUGUGGACGACCUGACCCCCAGCCUGCAGCGGCUGUUCCUCCUGAACAAGGACGAGGAGGCCGCGACUGAAGCCAGCUGCUCGGUCAGAGUUCAGGAGGAUCUGGGACUCGGUAACCUGAUGUCGGUGAGAACUCGGUACCGAACCAAAGAGAGAAACAACCGGUGCAGGAACCCAGAACUGGCCCGCAAAGAGGAGUGCCGGGGCUGGGACCUCCUCUGAUCUCAGAGUCUGGUUCUCUCUGAACUUGAGACUAAACCCCCCCGAUGGUUUGACCAAUCAGAAACCAGCGCAAUGCAUUCUGGGAAAAAACAUGUUACAUUUGAUUCAAUCAAACUGGCUAAAGAAGAAAUUGUUGGAGAUAAAUGAAAGAUAUUCCAAGUACAUUUACUCCAGCAGUGUACUAAUUAUAAUAUUACCCAGUCUGACUUUGAGAUACUUUAUACUUCUUCUGGACUGAAUUUUAGAGUGAAAUAUUGCACUUUAUAUUCUAUUUGAUUAAUAUGAGAGGUGUACUUAUUUUGCGAAUUUAGAUUUUAGAAAGAAAUAUGAUCAUUUUAGAAAAAGAUAUUGAUCUGUUUGUAGAAUAAUCUACUAAACAGUUGUUAGAGUUUAGAGCACGUGUUUUCAAUUUGCAUUAAAGAAUGUACGCCCUAUGAAUGUAAUUACUGUAGCUAACAGAAGAAGAGUAAUACGUUGUUGUUUUACUUAUUCUAUACCGUUCACCCUGAGGACAAGAGGUCAACAGGGUUAAUGUGCAGGCACAAAACUAGGUUUGUCUCGUGUCUCCCCACAUACCUCACACACCACCACACAUAGCUCAGGGUCAUCUCAGACUGAUGAGGGACAAGACAAACUGUUUCCUCAUUCUGUGUGGGAUAACCACUUCAAUAAAAAGGACUGUCUGGAGAAUGGCGAGCCAGAGUGUUUGGAGACGUGCAGCUCAACAUUCUCCUUGCAGCAAGUAAAACCAAGAGCUCGAGUCUGUCAUCUGUGGUCAUUGGAGUGUGGGUCUGUUAAUUGAACUAGCGGGGCUUUAUCUUUAUGGUAAAAACCCCACAACAGUGUACUGCUAACUUGUUUAUUAUGACUAAUAAUAAUAUAUCACUCACAUGGGACAUUCCUCUGCAUUUGUACUUUUGAUACAUUAAGUACUAAUAAUACUUCAUUCAGGUUGUUGUAUUACAAAUAUGUAUAUGUAUAAACACAUAUAUGAAUAAAACCAAGGUGAACGAGAUCUGGG